GUCGGACGUAUAUAAACUAAUUCUACUAGCACUGAACAGCAGCGCUUUUUUAGGAUCACACAGGUCAAAUUAAGUUAAAUAAUUAGGUAUGGCGACCAUGAAGUUAGUAAUUGCCCUUGCUGUUGUCGUUGCCUUUGUUGAGGCUGGCGGGUAUGGUCAUGGUAAAGGAUAUGGCGGAGGACACGGAAGAGGUUAUGGAGGAUAUGGUGGGGGUUAUAGGAUGGGAUAUGGAGGAGGUGGAUACGGAAAAGGAUAUGGAGGAGGAUUCGGUGGUGGAUACGGAAAAGGAUAUGGAGGAGGAUACGGUGGUGGUUACGGAAAAGGAUAUGGAGGAGGAUACGGUGGUGGAUACGGAAAAGGAUAUGGAGGAGGAUACGGUGGUGGAUACGGAGGUGGAUACGGUGGUGGAUACGGAGGUGGAUACGGUGGCGGAUACGGAGGCGGAUACAGUGGUGGAUAUAGCGGCGGUUAUGGAACUUAUGGUAGCGUUAUGCCGUAUAGCUCAGGCUCCUACAUUGGCGGUGCAUCUACAUACCCAUCAUAUGGCGGAUCUAGCAACUAUCUAUACGGAAAUUCUGGAUCAUAUUUAGCUGGUGGUAGCUAUCCUAGCUACAGUGGUAUUGGAGGUCUUGGUGGUGGCUAUCCUAGCUACAGUGGUAUUGGCGGUCUUGGUGCUCUUGGUGGUGUUGGAGGUGUUGCUGGUGUUGGUGGCGGAUAUCUUUCCAGUGCAGCCUAUGCACCUCAAACAUCAAUUAUAUCUGGUUCUGCACCUGUGUACAAUUCUGGAUCAUACUAUCCAGGAUCCGGAUUUGUAGGAUAAGCAAAUAACGUAUGUUUCAUUAGUCUACAGUAGAGGUUGUCCAAGUACAGAUUCUGGUAGCAGCUGUUAAAUUUCAAGAUAUUUUUUCCAAAUAAAUUAUUUGAAAUUAG